AAAAGCACCGGUUAUCGUCAUAGUUACCGUUAAAGUUUGGUGGUGUAACUCAGCCUAAGUCAUUAACGUUGUAAGACUUAUGACAAUAUGAUUGCUGCUAUUUCGUACGGACUGUGUAAUUUUGUAGCCCUUGAGUUGAAGCGAAUCACGUGUAAUGCGCGGUUAUUACGGGGGCAUAUCAAGCUUAUACUGUGGCAUUUUAUGUGGUUGUAGCAGGGGUGAUUUUGCAACAAAAAUGUGGACGAGCGAGUGCCAUGCCUGACGACGCUGAGCGCGUACCUUCGCUAUGCGCUGGCGCUGCCGGGCACGAAAGCCAUGUGCCGCGAGGGCGGUUGCGGCGCGUGCGUCGUCGCUGUGCGCGCGCGCCGCCAGCCUAGCGGGAGGGUCGAGCUGUUCUCUGUCAAUUCUUGCCUGGUGCUGGUGUACUCCUGUCACGGCUGGGACAUCAGCACGAUAGAAGUCCUUGGCGACCGCUUGCGAGGUUACGGCGAUAUACAGAAGAGAAUCGCGGGGUUCAACGCCACCCAGUGCGGAUACUGCACUCCUGGCUGGGCGAUGCACUUGUACAGCUUGCAAGAUAAAGGCCUCACAAUGGAACAGAUGGAAAAGUCAUUUGGCAGCAACACUUGUAGAUGUACCGGCUUUCGGCCCAUCAUGGAUACAGUCAAGUCCUUUGCCGUGGACGCUAGUCCAGAACUCUGCCAGAAAGCCCUCGACAUUGAAGAACUUACCAUUUGCAAGAAAACCAAAGAACCCUGUAACAGAAAAUGCUCUGUCAGGAGCAUAGACAGUGAUUGGAGUGUUGUCCUAGAUGAGCCCAAAGAAACGAAUGAAGACACAAUAUCUCUGGACACAGAAUCCCAUCAAUUCUUCAAGGUCUACAAAGAAGAGGAAAUCUUUCGAAUUUUGAAUAACAAUGGAGAUGAUUCUUACAUGCUCAUUGAUGGAAAUACAGGAAAAGGAGUGUAUGAAACCUUCGAAUAUCCCCGCGUACUAAUAGAUAUAAGUGAAGUGAAAUCGCUGAAGAAGUACAGUUUCGACCAAAAUCUGGUGUUAGGUGGUAAUAUAUCCAUAGAAGAUUGCAUCACCAUCUUUGAAGAUAUAGCCAAAUCGAAUGCAGAUUUUUCUUAUUUGGAGACAAUGGCAAAGCAUUUAGAAUUGGUGGCCCAUAUUCCUGUAAGAAAGAUCGCUUCGCUUGCUGGAAAUGUGAUGCUGAAGCAUGCCAUGCCAGAUUAUCAAUCUGAUAUAUUUCUGCUUUUAGAGACCGUUGGAGCUUAUGUCACAGUUCGUACCUCAAGACUUAGAACUAAGGCACUGAGCAUGACAGAUUUCCUCAAAUACGACAUGAAAAAGAAGCUCAUCGUCAAUUUUUUGUUGCCACCUUUUAGUUCUUCGCACAUGUUUAAAAGUUACAAGAUUAUGCCCCGCAACCAAAACGCUCUCGCUAUUGUAAACGCUGGUUUCCUCUUAGUAAAGAAUCCCAGCACGAACAUAAUCAGUGAUGCGAGAAUCGUUUAUGGUAACAUAUCAGCUAGCUUCGUGCAUGCCACACAAACUGAGAAAUACCUCAUUGGGAAGAAUGUGUUCAACAAUGAAGUCUUACAAAAGGCAAUCCAAUUGCUAAAUAAAGAAGUUAAUCCUGUGGACAAUCCUCCAAACCCUUCAAAGGAGUGCAGAAAAAAACUGGCAAUAGGUCUCUUUUAUAAGUUCGUUUUGAGCAUCGCUCCUUCGAACCAGAUCUCUGAUCGCAACUCUUCAGGCGGUCUACUCAUUGCUCGGCCGGUCUCGAAUGGAACUCAAGACUUCACUACCGACACCUCAUUGUACCCUUUGAAUAAACCAGUGCCCAAACUAGAGGCUAUGAUACAAAGUGCUGGAGAAGCCCAAUUUGCCAACGAUGUACCACAAUUCCCUAAACAAGUGUUCGGAGCGUUCGUGCAGUCGACUGUGCAUAGAGGAAACGUUGAUACAAUUAAUGUGAAGAAGAUUUUGGAAAUUCCAGGAGUCCUAGCUAUAUUAACACCGGACGACAUACCCGGCAAAAAUUCUUUCUCCCGCCCCGGAUUCCAACUACAGACUGAAGUGGAAGAAAUUCUAGCAACCGAUAUCAAAUAUUACGGUCAACCUAUAGCAAUACUCGUGGCUACCAGCGAAGAGUUGGCAGCUAGUGCUGCCAAAAAAGUUGAAGUGAAAUACAAGAACGUUAGCAAAGAUCGACCUGUAUUAACAAUAGAUCAAGCAAAAAAAGAUAGUAAUAGAUACAGAGCAUAUCCAGAUAAUAUCACGCCCACAGCGAAAGGGGAAAAUGUUGAUAAAGUAAUAAAGGGUGUGUAUGAAAUCGAGGCUCAGUACCAUUAUUAUAUGGAACCUAUAACAAGUGUGGUGGUGCCGGUGGACAGGGGGCUAGAAGUGUAUGAUGCUACGCAAUGGAUGGAUCUCACUCAAGCUGCUAUCGCCGAAUGCUUGGCUAUAAAAGAAAGCGAUGUCGUUGUGUAUGUCCGCCGAAUCGGUGGUGGUUUCGGAGGUAAGAUCAGUCGCAACGUCCAAGCGUCGACUGCCUGCGCCCUCGUUGCCAAGAAGAUGAACCUCCCAUGUCGCUUCGUGCUACCCCUGCAAACUAACCUCACCAUCGCUGGAAGAAGACUGCCAUGUCAAUGUGAUUACGAGGUGGGGGUAGACAAAGAAGGCAAGAUUCAAUACUUGAAUGCGAAGAUUAUUGAAGACGACGGCUGUUCGCACAACGAGAACAUCCUCGCCUAUACUGUCGGCGGGUUUCCGAACUGCUACGAUGUCAGCACCUACAAUGUCACUACUGCUGCUGUCCUCACCGAUCUACCUUCCAACACAUUUGCGAGAGCACCAGGAACUGCGGAGGGCAUUUCAUGCAUCGAACAUAUUAUGGAACGUAUAGCAUUCGAAGUAAAGAAAGAUCCAACGGAGGUGCGCCUACUCAACAUGAGAAAAGACGACAAUGACCUACCAACCCUCAUAGCAGACUACAAAAAGGAGACAAACUACGAAAAGAGAUCACAAGAGGUUCAGGAGUUCAACAACGCUAACAGAUGGAUGAAGAAGGCAAUUUCCAUUGCUGUCAUGAGUUUCCCCGUGAUAUUCUAUGGCAACUACAGUGCCAUGGUCAGCAUUUACAGAGGAGAUGGCACCGUGACGGUCACUACUGGAGGUAUUGAGAUGGGACAGGGUGUGAACACCAAAGUUGCCCAAGUCUGCGCUUACGAGCUUGGAAUCCCUUUGGACCACAUUUCAGUUUUACCCCACUACUCUUUUGUUGCCGCUAAUAACGUCUUCUCAGGCUCCAGCAUCACGAGUGAGUCUACUUGUUACGCUGUGAUCAAAGCUUGUGCAAUGCUGAAAGAUCGAUUGGAGCCUGUAAAGAGCACAAUGACGAAUCCUACAUGGCAGGAGUUGAUCACAAAAGCUAGCGACGAAGAAGUGGAUUUGACGGCGAUAUACAUGAUGACAGAUAAGGAAUCAGAUCUGUCUGGGUAUAAUGCGUAUGCAGUGGCCAUUCUGGAGGUGCAAUUGGACGUUUUGUCGGGAAGGUACGAGUUACUGAGAGUGGAUAUUUUAGAAGACGUCGGGUUGAGUGCCAAUCCGAACAUAGAUGUUGGUCAGGUGGAAGGUGGCUACGUCCAAGGACUUGGGUACUACACGACCGAGAAGUUUGUCUACAACCAGGUCACAGGGAAGCUGCUCACCAACCGAUCGCUGACGUACCACGUGCCCUUAGCUCGGGACAUACCGGCUCAGUUCAACGUCAAACUGCGGUACAACUCUAAAAACCCCAAGGGCGUGCUGGGCUCUAAAGCGGUUGGAGAAAUGGGAAUUUGCACCGCGCACGGAGUGACGCAGGCGUUAAGGCAAUGCAUUCACGAGUCGCGGAAGGACUCUGGAUAUGACGACUCAAAAUGGGUUGAUAUUGCAAUACCAAACGACACAGAGUCCAUAGUAAAAGCUUUGGAUGUGAAGUUGGAGGAGAUGGUCUUUGCAUGAAGUAAUUAAUAAUUGAAGAUGAUCAAAUCUUCCGGAAUCUUCUGAAAUUGAUUUAAUCUCUCAAUUUUAUUACACUUUGCUACGGAUGACUUAAAUUGUUUGCAAGUUUCUUCUUCAAAAUAAGGAAAGCACAUCAACCUCAACACCAUGAUAUCUUAAAAUAAUAUUUGAUAUAGGUACCUAGGUGUAAUUUUAUAAGUUUUUUUUUAUCAUAGUUAUUUAAAUUUUUGCGUUAAGAGUCGCAUUUCAUCUUUUUUUUAUCGUCAUUAGAAUUAAUUUCUACGGCCCAUUGUGUUGAGAAACCAAUUUACAAACGUGUCAUUUUAUGAAAUACAUUUUCUACUGAUAAGUAGGUAUUUGUAUUGAUUUACUACUGAUUUGUAUUUCUGAUUUUAUUUUAUUUCAAUAUGUAAUUCGUUCUAUCCUUAGAAUAAAAUACGUCAUAGUUCAGUAAUACAUGUUUAUUCUCGCAUCUUCAAACAAAUAAUUUAGUAAAUCAUCAAAAUUACAGAACAGUUAAAAAUAAUUAGGCCCAUCGCGUAUUAUCCGUCUUGAAUUAGGCCUGAAUUAUCAAAAAUUAAAAAUACCGAAAAAUCGACACCGAGUGUUAAUUUUAUAAACAGACAACCGAUCAAAAACAAUAAACCAUUGAAAAAAUAAAUACUUAUUAAUUAAAUUAUUACCGAUUCUAUACAAAUUAAAUUCACUUAAACGUUUAAAUAAGAAAAUUCGUCGAUUUAAAUGUAAAAUAUACAUUAUAAUAGUCUAUACAUAAUUA